GUUUGUUUUCCUGACUGACGCUGGGGUUCCUGCCGCUACUGCAAUAAAAAUAGAUAUUGUCGGCACAUCUGACGCGCAACACAGAUGGACCAGCAGGCCCAGUCCUAUAUGCUUGCCAGUCUGACGCGGCCCCACUCUGAGCAGCUGCUGCAAGGCCUCCAGCUGUUGCGGCAGGACCAUGAGCUGUGCGACAUUGUGCUGCGAGUGGGUGAUGCUAAGAUCCAUGCCCACAAAGUGGUGCUGGCGAGCAUCAGCCCCUACUUCAAGGCCAUGUUCACGGGAAAUCUGUCAGAGAAGGAGACCUCCGAGGUGGAGUUCCAGUGCGUUGACGAGGCUGCGCUACAAGCCAUUGUUGAGUAUGCCUACACUGGCACAGUAUUCAUCUCACAGGAAACUGUGGAGUCCCUACUGCCAGCUGCUAACCUGCUCCAGGUCAAGCUGGUGCUGAAGGAGUGUUGCUCUUUCCUAGAGAGCCAGCUAGAUGCUGGGAACUGUAUAGGCAUCUCCCGCUUCGCUGAGACCUAUGGCUGCCAUGAUCUCUGCCUGGCUGCCACUAAAUUCAUCUGCCAGAAUUUUGAAGAGGUGUGCCAGACAGAGGAGUUUUUUGAGCUGACACGUGCAGAGCUGGAUGAAAUAGUGUCAAACGACUGUCUGAAGGUGGUAACAGAGGAGACUGUGUUCUACGCCCUGGAGUCGUGGAUCAAGUACGAUGUGACUGAGCGGCAGCAGUACCUGGCUCAGCUACUGCACUGCGUCCGCCUGCCUCUCCUCAGCGUUAAGUUCCUCACCCGCCUCUACGAGGCCAACCACCUUAUCCGGGAUGACCACGCCUGCAAGCACCUGCUCAACGAGGCCCUCAAAUACCAUUUCAUGCCUGAGCACCGGCUCUCUUACCAGACGGUGUUGUCUACACGGUCACGCUGUGCUCCCAAGGUGCUACUUGCUGUGGGAGGCAAGGCUGGACUCUUUGCCACCCUCGAGAGCAUGGAGAUGUACUUCCCUCAGACGGACUCAUGGAUUGGGCUUGCCCCUCUUAGUGUGCCCCGCUAUGAGUUUGGAGUGGCAGUGUUGGACCAGAAGGUGUAUGUGGUGGGUGGCAUCGCCACACACAUGCGACAGGGCAUUAGCUACCGGAGACAUGAGAGCACAGUGGAGAGAUGGGACCCUGACAGCAACACCUGGUCCACAGUGGAGCGCAUGGCAGAGUGUCGCAGCACCCUGGGGGUGGUGGUCUUGGCUGGGGAGCUCUAUGCCCUAGGGGGCUACGAUGGCCAGUAUUACCUACAGUCUGUGGAAAAAUAUGUCCCCAAGGUGAAGGAGUGGCAGCCUGUGGCACCCAUGACCAAGUCACGCAGCUGCUUUGCCACCGCUGUGCUGGAUGGCAUGGUUUAUGCCAUCGGGGGCUAUGGGCCAGCCCAUAUGAACAGUGUGGAGCGGUAUGACCCCAGCAAGGAUGCCUGGGAAAUGGUAGCUCCCAUGGCAGACAAACGGAUCAACUUUGGUGUUGGGGUCAUGCUAGGGUUCAUAUUUGUGGUUGGGGGACACAACGGGGUAUCACACCUGUCCAGCAUUGAGAGGUAUGACCCACACCAGAACCACUGGACAGCCUGUCGGCCCAUGAAUGAACCACGCACAGGGGUUGGCUCAGCGAUCGUGGACAACUACCUCUAUGUGGUGGGGGGUCACUCGGGGUCAUCCUACCUGAACACUGUCCAGCGGUACAACCCCAUCACAGACAGCUGGCUGGACUCUAGCGGCAUGAUGUACUGCCGCUGUAACUUUGGCCUGACUGCUCUUUGACCAAAGGCACCCCUGGGUAGGACUCCUUAAGAGAAGAGUUGGACGAAAGGCUUUUCUUUUUUUUGUCGUUUCCCCCAUUCAUCGCCAGCGGGCUGAGGAGGGCGCGACACUGCCGUGGAUCCCGGCAAGCGAGCUUGCUGCUGGAUGAAUGUGCCCGGCUGGCGACAGGGGACCACAGAGAUGGCCAGAGUGAGAAGGGUCGGGUCUGGGUGGAGGAGAGGAGCGGGGCAGACCACCAUGGAUCUUGUCAAGAAGAUGACCACUACUGCUGCUGGACCACAACGAGGACUCUGCCAUUUUACAGAGGACUGUGGGAGAAAACUAACUUAAUUUUUUUGUCGUAUACUUUUUUAUGUUUAAGCCAUUAUUUCUGUUUCACACUCCAGACUUUUCUUUUCCCUGCUAUGAGAAGAACAUGUUCCAAUUUUCUGGAUCCUUAAAGUUUGUGUGUGCGUGUGGCGCAGUGUCUGUAUGUUUGUGAGUAGAUGCAUGUCAGAUUAAAUGAUUGUUAUUUUGUGUCUCUUUGUGCAGGACUAAAGCUCAGGCAAGGUGAUUGGCUCACACACAGAGUUUGAAACGUCUGCAUCUAAAUCAGUGCUUCACAAAGAGAAAUUGGAAUCUUUAUAUAUUCACUUAAAAAGGGCUGCCUUUUCUCUCUGUAAAUAGUUUAAAUUAAAAUAAAUAUAUAGAUAUGAAUAUAUCCUCUAGUGCAUUGCCUGUAAAUGUUUUCUGCAUUGGGUUAAUAGUUGUGUGUGUGAAUAAGGCUGAAUCAAGGGUUGAAGGAGAGGUUAGGAAGGAUAAGCAAACCCCAAUGAAUUCUCCUGAGAGUACCUGCCACCUGUCUGUUUCAUCCUUGGAGCAAUUCAGAGAUCCCUAUGUUACAGCUUCUAUUACAUCUUCCUGUGGUAGGGUCACACUUCAUCCCUCUUCAUAAGCAUUCAAAAGUGACCGUCUCUCUUUUCACUGCUGGGUUUGUAAACUGCUAACUGGUGCUAUAGUCAGGAUUCUGCUUUUUUUUUUGCCUCAUGGUAUGAGGUUUAUUUUAUUUGUUCCUCUGUUAUUGUUGUAGAUGUUGGUUGUAUACUUACAAUAUGUGCAUCAAAAUGCCCAAACUUGACAAGCCCCCAUGCAAUAAAACAGUGUCUUUACUUUGAGCCCCAUGUUAAAUUGGACUCUUUAGGCACAGUCUAUCUGAUGCUUUCACUCUACAGCCACAGGGAUGCCAUCUGUUUAGCUAUGGUUUGCCUGAAACAUUGUCCCUGCAUUAAAAAGUAGUGGAUCUGGCUAUAUGGCCGCCCACUAUCACUGCCAGUUUCCUCACAAAGAAAGUCUGUGAGAUUGUUGUGCUCUAAUGGGUUAAGAACAAGCCUCUUGUAUAGCAUGUGAAUGAUCCCUACACCCUCUCCGCUUGCUUGCCACCUCUGUUGAAGCAUGUGUGAGGAGCUGCAUGUGACCAAGGCUUUCCUGACGAGCUCAGGGAAGAGUGCAUAUACACAGCCUCAUGAGACAUGCCAAAAAAAUAACCUGCUUUCAUAAGUCUGGUGUAACUUUCCCACCUCCAGACAGCUACAAAUAGCUUUCCCCUGUGUGCCAGAAUCAAAAGGGUUAUUUUCACUGCUAAUGCAUGGUACGUGUGACAUACCGCCCUUCUGUCAUAUGGAGGGGUGGAUGCGGUGUUGUCUCUGUCAAGGGAAAUUGUCACUGUCACAAACUCUUCGGCCCUCUGAGAGACAAGGGCAUGGAGACAGAGCUCAAAGUGCCCCAAUGGGUUAGAAGGCUGCAGCUGAGUCUGGGUGUUGUAGCUCUGGGUCACUAAAGGGCAGGUAACAUGAGGCAAUGGAGAGCGCUAAUGUGAUGUGUAAACCUCAAUAGUCCCUGUUGUUGGUCCAGAAUGAAAGAUGAAAGAGUAGUUUCCUUGUAUUGUACAUUAUAGUUGUUUGCACAUGUGGAAAACUUAAACAGAGCUCAGCAUUGCACUUACCAAACUAUUUGAUACAUAGUGUAAUUUCAAUUUGUACAUAGGCCUCGAUUUAGGGUAAUGGCAUUUAGACAAUGCAAUAUUGUUUUCGGUGGAUACCAUUUUUGCUUUGAAUUUUGCUUCCUUAAAAGCCAAGGCGUCUCAUAUUGCUGUGAUGUUAUCACAAGUGGCAUGUCUGUUCACAUGUUGUUUAUACUGUCUGAUGAAAGACCACCAUCAUCCAAACCUUUUGCUUUCCUCAUCCCACUUCGCAUUGUGUGCUCUUGUCUUUGGGGACAUUCCCAUGUUGUGCCUGUCAGUUCACAUGUACUAGGAAACGUUUGCAGACAGAAUCAAUUGCAUUGUGUACUCCAGUAAAAAUACCAGUUAUUGUUUAGCAUUUUUCACAAGUAAUGUAAGAUUGGCACAAGACUGACGGUGUAUGGGUCUUGCUCUAAGCCAUUUUUAUAUUGUCUGUCUCACCAGAGAGCAGCCUUGCAGUUACAGUACUGCAGUUUUGUGUGUUCUUCCAUUUAACACACAGUUGUGGUUACAAAUGACAGUAUACUUUAGCUCUUACCCUCAAACUUUACCUUGGAUUUAAGCAAUGAUAAGAUCAAGUGCAGUCCCCCUAAACAAACAUCUUAAGACUGUUUAGUCUUGCUCUAGCAAUAAGAGGCUGAGUACGAGCUUGUCCAAACAAGCAUGUGAGUUCUUCACUUGACGACUCUUUCAAAAUAAUUUAUUUUUGGUUGAGUCUUAGGGGUAGUUAAAUUGGAUUUAAAGGUGAUUUUAUUUCAAAAACAAGUUGUGUCAUGGUUAGAACGUCUGCUGCUGUGUUUUUUCAUCCUGGAAUAGUGGGCUUUACCAUUUCACACUGGAAACAUCUCCAGCUAUCUGUGAUUUCUUCAUGUUUUUUUAAAGACGCUAUUGUUUAGUUGUCAUGGGAUGGAAGUAAAUGGUGAGCCAUUUUAACCUGCAUGACUGUACAGCUCCUAUUCGAAUGCAGACUUUAUCUACAUAACUUUGAAUUGAUUCUGUAAUUUCUUCAGAUUUUAUUUGUUUUGAAUAAUGUGAAUGCAAAUCCAACAUAGCAAAAAAGCAAUUGGUGAAAUUUUACAUCCUUGGGAGAUCCUAAGAUAACUUAAGACAAACAGUGUAUUUCCUGGAUGAAUAAACGGCCAUUUCAUAUAGUUAAAAAUGAAUUUUUUUUUAUUUUUUUUUUACAUUUGCCAUUUUCAUUGAAUAUUUCUUCCAUUUAGAUUGUUGCAAUUCUUUCCUUUUGUGUUGUGUACUUUUAACUCUUGAUGUUAGGUAAAUUAGGUAUUUGUCUGUCCACAACAGGCUGGGACGAUGAGGCUGAACAUCAGAACAGUGAAAGUCACGCAGGCGUGAUUGUCUGCAGAUGCCAUCCAUUGUCAAGCAUUUGUGUUACUAGCAUGUAUAGAGAGAUGUUAUCCUUGUGGGGAUAUUGAAGACCACAUUAAUUUUAGGGAUGUAUUUAUACUGACUUAUUUACUGCGUUGGAGGGAAAACUCUUGGUCAUAGGUGGAUUCUGAAAACGUGAAACUGCAAAAUGAAAGGAUGUAUAAAUGUGUGAAGUUAGCUUAGUGGUUAAGAGCUUAGUGGUAGCUUAGUGGUUAAGAGCGUUGUGCCAGUAACCGAAAGGUCGCUGGU